CUUUUUCUCCCACGUCACUAUAUUCGGCGCCUCCCUCACCGAGUUGGCUUCUACCCCUCCAUCACCGGAGAAGAAUCACACCUUUCUUAUCAACGCCGUUGCAAAGUCGGAGCAUUUACACAGAUCAUCUCCGUACAAAACAUGGAUCCUCGUCAAUUCGAACACAUCGUUGUGAAGGAUAGUGAUAUUCAUAGUAUUGUAAUGUCUUACCUUCUCCACAACUGCUUUGGUGAAACUGCUGACUCACUUGCUUCCACUACUGGAAUAAAGCAACCUGUGAUUGAUCGUGAUAAUUUGCAGAGAAGAAAACAAAUAAUGCAUUUUGUACUGGAGAAGAAGGCUUUGAAGGCUGUUGAACUAACUGAAGAAUUUGGACAAGAGUUACUUGAGAAAAACAAGGAUUUGCAGUUUGAUCUUCUGUGUCUUCACUUUGUGGAGCUUGUCUGUGAUCGGAAAUGCAAAGAAGCUCUCGAAUUUGCUAAGACAAGUUUGGCUCCUUUUGGGGAGGUCCAAAAAUAUGUAGGAAAGCUUGAAGACGUAAUGGCUUUGCUGGCUUAUGAAGAUCCUGAGAAGUCUCCAAUGUUCUAUCUCUUGAGCUCUGAGUACCGUCAACAGGUUGCUGAUAAUCUCAACCGCACCAUUCUUGAACACACAAACCAUCCAAGCUACACACCCAUGGAAAGGCUCUUACAACAGGUGACAGUUGCGAGACAAUACUUGACUGAGGAAAAUGGCAAAGAUGCGUUUCCUCCAUUCUCCUUGAAAGAUUAUGUCAAAGGCUAAGAUCGCAGGAUGGCUCCAAAGUUUGCUUGGAGAAGGAUAUGCUAAACAUUUUCAUGUAAAUACAGAAACUGGCUUUGCUUUUCAAUCUCAUCUCCAUUGUUUUAAACAUGUGUUUAACUCCAGCAAACAGGGAUAAAAGGUUAGUCAUCCAUGGCGGCCAUAGAUGGCUUUCAGUUUGCUGUUGCAUGAGAUGAAUAUUGUUAAGACCGCUUCUGUUUGGUUCUCUACUGGAAGAUUGUUUCCUUUACUUUCUGUGAGCUCAGUCGAUGAAUCUUGUAAUCCAUGUUCCUGGAAAACUCAUUUCUCUUUGUAAUUAUCAUUUAUGUUUUGAUGUUGAACCCAUAAGCUCAAGAUUCUUUGCAGACUGAACACAAGCUUAAAUAACCAAAAAGAGCAAAAGCCUAAGAAACUGCAUCACAAAAGACUAGAGACAAGCCUGUAAUUCCGAUGGCUUUUCAAUAGA